CGACGGGCACUGGGACACCACGGUGUACGACAAGGUGAACGCUACGACUUUGCAGAGGACGAGGUGUGGGGUGUGGGCAGACCUCGCUAUCAAGAUCGACGAGGGAUUCUGGGGCGCGCUCCUGGCUACACCGCCGGCGCUGACCUUCCAUCGCUACGCUCGCCUCAGAGGCCCAGGUGGCACGGACAUCUUCGGCGUGAGGGGUCUGAAGCCGAACGAGUCCCAGUCGGUUCGGGAAGAGACGCUCCUGGCGAAUCCAGCUGCUGAGGCGGCGCGCAGGUUCGACCGGCGCGGGCGCCCGCGGCUCGUGGGCGUGCCGGAGCCUCGCCAGGGAGUGUCGACGUUCCUCCUCCCAGCCUUCAGGUCGCUGGAGGCGUUGGCCAGCGUCUGCGACUGCAGCGUCGCACCGCGGAGCCCUGGGCUUUUCGACGGCGCGCCCGCUAUCUUCAGAGGGAACUUCGCCCUGAGCUUCGAGCGCGACUUCGACGACCUCAUGCGCCACCUCCGGAGCGCUUUCCUGGCCGAGCUGGACCGCGUGGACUCGAUUCCGCGACCAGCUCAGGCGGGCUCGCGGCCAGACGAGCGCGCCAGCCCGACGUGCCUGCAGCGCGAGGUCCGCUUCACCAACCCCUUUCGUCGCAUUGCGGAGAACCCGAAGGAGCAGAAGCGCAAGGAGGACGCCCGUUCCUUCGGAGGGCUCAGGGACGCCGCCGGCGCAGUCAGACGCAUGCCAGGCCACCGCGUCAUUGGCCUGGCCCUGGCUCACCUCAUGUCCGUUUCUUGGACAAGUUCCCAGGCGCUGGGCACGAAUGACGUCGGACCAGCUCGCUCGGAGACCUGCCCCACGGAGCUCUGCGGGGGCCUCCUGCUCCAAUGGGGCCUCCGCGCACGGGACCCACGCUCGCACGUUGCGCACUGGUGUUGGGAUGGUGCGCCGGCCGGGGUCGCGGCUGACCCGGUCUUGGACGAGCUGUUCCCGGCCGCCGACGGCGACGGGGACGAGGUGCUGACCCCAGACGACCUCGUAGAGCCUGCUGAGGAUUUCGUAAAUUUCCCGGGUUUCGAGGACGACCAGGAGGCAGCAGAGCAGGCCGUUCGGGACUACCUCCAGGCUGAGCCCAUCCUGUCCCGGUUCGGGGUCAUACGGAAGGUCAAGGAUGGCAAGACCAAGAGUCGCGUCAUUCUGGGCCCCCGGGCGUCGAAGGUGACAUACGCCACUCGGCGGACUCACCGGGUCGCCCUGCCGAGGGUGACAGAUUUAGUAUCGGAUCUAUUGGACUUGAUGUCGUCUCGGGGCUUUGGCGACGACAUUGAACUCUUGAUUUUGGAUUUCGUUGACGCGUUCCGGAAUGUGCCGCUCAGGUUCGACGAGCGACGGCAUUUUGUGGGUCGUGUAAAAGGGGAAUGCCUCGUCUUUUUCCGGGCGGCGCAGGUCUCGCGCAACAGCCCUCUAUCGUGGGCUGCGGCUGCGUCGCUGGCCAUUCGCUGCGCCCAGUCGGUCUUCGCGCCGGCGCCUAGCGCGGUCGGCAGGGGCCUCGAGCACGCGCGGACCCAGACCUUCGUCAACGACCCCGCGAUUAGCGUGAGAGGCUCCGCCGAGGACCGUGCCCGCAGGAUGUCGAUGAUUGUGCUCGCGUGGCGUGUCUUGGGCUUUCACCUGGCCUUCCACAAGGCGCACCAGGGCGUCUUGGUACCGUGGUUCGGGUGCGUAGUCACGGUGGGCUCCACGAACAGCCUGGUGCGGGUGGAUAAGGCCAAGAUCGACGACUGCAGGGCGUUCGUCCUCGAGUGCCUGCGCACCAACGUCGUGUCAGCCAAGCGUCUUCGGAGCGCACUGGGCUCGCUUGCACGCGUCGCCUCCCUGGUGUUCAUUAUGCGGCCCUUCUUGAACCAGAUGUGGGGCGCGCUCGCCGGGAGCUCGCCUGGCGCGCCGCCUGGGUGUAUCUGGACGGCGCAGUUCAAGCGGCCGCUAAUGUGGUUGCAUGCCUUCUUCGACAUGGAGAUUGGCGACCUCGUCCGGGUGUUCUACCUGGGCGCCUACCUGGGGACAUGCCCGAAGAUCCGGAUCGUCACGGAUGCAAGCCCUUGGGGGUUCGGAGGUUUCAUCGUCAUCGAGGGCGUCUUUGUCUCAUGGUUCGCAGCGGAGCUGCCCCCAGACCUCGCGAAGGUCGUGGGGGUCGAGAUCGGCUCUUGCACUGGCCAGCAAACCUUGGAGGCGGAUCAGCCAUGUAAUUUUCGACCCCGGGACCGUGUCUGUAGCGUGGGAUUUGCCUGCGUCGAAAAAAACGACCCGACAGCACAGGGCAGGCAGAGAAUGUGGGAGUGUCUGUGCAAAGCGGAUGGCGGCCCACAUCCAUGCCCUUACCAUUUGUUUGUCACGCACUUUGAGCGUCUUCGGGAACACUUCGGGCAGCUACACGCUGGCCUUCCCGUCUUCCCGACGUCGUCGGGAAACGUGAUCGCGAAGGCUGCCAUGGCCAGGUCGAUUGAGGAGGUCGCCUCGAAGCUCGGCCCCCCGAUGCGCGACGACCUCGGCAGACCCCGCUUCGGAGGCCACGCGCUCCGAGUUACAGGCGCUCGGUGGUUGGCCUCUCUUGGGCUACCGCUCGUAUCGAUCCAGCUUCUGGCGCGCUGGUUGUCGGAGACUGUUCGGCGUUAUAUAUCUGAGGCGCCCUUUCGGCGCCUCUCCGUGGACUACAUGGCUGCCGCUGGCGGCAUGCAUCUGUGAGCAUUCAUAUCCAAAUCCGAUGAGGAGCUCAAGGCUUUAAGGUCGAAGGUGCAGGGCCUUGGUGACCAGUUCUGGAGGGAGCUCCUGGAGCUCCGCACGAAGGCCCAAGAGCCUCAAGGUGCCGCAGAGGAGGCAGAGUCUGACGACCAGCCUCCUGUUCCGCCAGCGCCGGUUCAGCCUCGUGGUCAGGGCGGCUCGGACGACCACCUGUGGAUCAUGAGUGCUGUCCCGAGGAAGUCCAGUGCCUAGAGGCUAACUGCACAUUUCCACGGGCUUCCUGGUAUACUAUCCGGGGAUUCGGAAAUGGGGAGGACGAUGUGCAGCUGGUCGUUUGGCCGUGCCAGGUUCACGUGCCUCGUGGACCGCCCUCCUGAUGCGGUGGUAUGCUUACGCUGCUGGGGCCGCUUCGCCGCUCAGCAGAGCGGCUAGCAUCUGGCACCACGGUGGCCCCAGAAGGCGCACGCACCCGGGGCGUGCAGCCGUGGUCACAGCAGCAGGGGCACAUGCGAUCAGCAGCUUCGCAUUGC